AUUCUAGAUCUGCAAAAAGUGUUGAGGUAUGUUAAUGUUAGUCAACUUAGGAAUGGGCAUCUGUAUUGAAUUCAAAGUACUCGCUGCGCUACUUUUUGUUGCUAGUGUGGAACCAGAUUGUCGAGAUGUAGACUGGAGCGUUUCCUUUAAGAGGGCUGGUCUGUCAGAGUGUGAUCGAUGGGGUUACAUGAUUGCCAGUUUAUGUAGAGGUCCAGUAGACCGAUCUGCUGAUCAUAUUGACAGACUGGAACGUGUUAGAUGCUGCAAUAAGCGAUUUCCAUUGACAGAUUUCGAUGAAUAUGUUUUUGAAAAUUGGUGGCAUACUAUGAGCAGAGAUUCUACUUGGUCAUUGUGUCGAGAUGGGUAUUUCCUCACUGGUCUGUUUAGGACGAACAUAGGGUCACGUCUCAGCAACAUCAAGGAUGGACGCUGCAUAAGACCGCUUAACCAUCCUUCUAGGUAUGGACACUGCGAGGAUGUUGACAUCUCGGAUUGUUUUGAGCAGGCUAAGUGUUGCUCUUGCCCAGAGGACAGCUUUAUUGCUGGUCUGUAUCGUGGUGAUUGUAACGACCUGCGAUGUUUGGACAAGAUACGUUGCUGCAAGUGGGCUGACUAACCUCAUUAAACAAAAAGAUCAAUGAUCGAAAGCAGAAGCAAUAUGUUUUUGGGUUCAAUAAAUGAAAAUGUACACAUACAUACAUGGCAAAUGGACUGACCAUUAAUAAAUUAUUAAAACUUCA